AUGGCACCGCUUAUCAUUGACACCGACGACUCGAAUAGCUGUAUGUCGAAUACGGGUGACAUUGACAUUGACAACGACACAAACAAAGACCUGAAUGACCAUGUGAGCACAAGUGACAAACAAUCAAGUACAAAAUGUGGGAUCAUUGGCAAUGACUCCCCCCUGGAAGGAUCUCACACGCCGAAAGUUCCAUCUCAAGAACCCAUCGCCAUUUGCGGCAUGUCGGUUCGUCUCCCUGGAGGCCUUCACUCACCACAACAACUCUGGGACUUUUUGAUUGCUAAAGGCGAUGCUCGUGGCCCAGUCCCCAAUUCAAGAUACAAUGCCUCUGCAUACUGCUCUGACUCUGAAAUUUCGAAACCCGGUAGCAUCAAGACCGAGUAUGGAUAUUUCCUUGAUGACAGCAUUGACUUGGCUUCCAUCGAUACGUCCUUCUUCUCCAUGGGAAAGGUCGAUGUUGAGCGAAUGGACCCACACCAACGACAAAUGCUUGAGGUUACUCGUGAGUGCCUCGAAGAUGCGGGUAUGAGCUGGAAAGGUCGACCGAUCGGCUGCUACAUGGGCAGCUUUGGCGAGGACUGGGUUGAGAUGUUUGCGAAAGAGGACCAGCAAUAUGGUUUAUACCGUGUGACUGGAUAUGGAGAUUUCAUGCUUUCCAACCGCAUUUCAUAUGAGAUGGAUCUAACAGGGCCAAGUAUGACAAUCCGCACUGGCUGCUCUGCAGCUCUUGUUGCACUACACGAGGCAUGUUUAGCAGUUUCCAGAGGCGACUGUGAAGGAGCCAUUAUCGGCGGAGCCAAUUUAAUAAUGGCCCCAGGAAUGACCGUCGCAAUGACAGAGCAGGGCGUUCUCGCCCCAGAUGGGUCAUGCAAGACGUUCUCUGCUGAUGCUAAUGGCUAUGCUCGUGGAGAAGCAGUCUCUGCUAUCUUUAUCAAGCCACUGGCGCAGGCCAUCCGCGAUGGUAACCCAGUCCGAGCUGUUAUUCGCGCAACAGCUUCAAACAGCGAUGGAAAAGGCACCGGCGGCGGCCUCUCGAUGCCGAAUGAUGUUGCCCAAGAAGCAAUGAUUAGGCGAGCUUACGAGGUUGCUGGUAUUCCUGAUAGUGAUUACUCUCAAACAGCCUUCGUCGAGUGCCAUGGCACAGGAACCUCAAUCGGAGACCCAAUUGAAACUAGGGCAAUUGGUCGAGUCUUUGGUCCAUCUGGAGGUGUUCAGAUUGGCUCUGUUAAGCCCAAUCUUGGCCACUCUGAAGGUGCUUCGGGCCUUACUUCACUGAUUAAAUCAGUGUUGGCACUAGAGCAUCGUGUUAUUCCUCCGAACAUCAAGUUCAACGAGCCCAACCCUGCUAUCCCUUGGGACAGUGGCCUUUCUGUGCCCACGGAGGCGACACCCUGGCCCGACUCUCGAAGGGAGCGUAUUAGUGUGAACUCCUUUGGAAUUGGAGGCACAAAUGCUCAUGUUAUUCUCGAUUCCGCUCAAAGUUUUGGUGUCUCUCCUAUCACGAGUCAACCUAUAACAUGCCCACAACUACUUGUGUAUUCCGCCAACAAUGUUGAUUCACUGAAGAAAAUGAUCAUCAAUUAUAGAGAUUACGCCCAAAAGCACCCCGGUAUGGUGAACAAUCUGGCCUUCACUCUGGCAAAACGAAGAGAGCAUUUGCCCUAUCGAGCAUUCGCCGUGGCAAACCUUUUUGGGGGUAUCACGGCUUCGCUACCCUUUCGGCCGUCUGGUGUCCCCAGUCUUGUUAUGGUAUUCACUGGCCAGGGAGCCCAAUGGCCGGAAAUGGGUCGGUGCAUGAUCCUAGCCUAUCCUGUCUUCAGGAAGAGUAUUAGAUCUCUCGAUGCACAUAUCCAGAGCCUUGAAGAUGAUGCUCCAGACUGGACCAUCGAGGAAGAGCUUCAGAAACCAAUCAAGAUUAGCAGACUCGGCUCUGCUGAGUUUUCUCAGCCUCUUUGCACUGCAAUUCAAAUAGCCCUGGUCGACACAUUUGCCUCUGUUGGAAUCCAGCCUGGUGCUGUUGUUGGCCACUCCAGUGGCGAGAUAGCUGCAGCAUAUGCUGCCGGUUUCAUUACUGCUAAGGAGGCUAUUGUCAUUGCGUUUUAUCGCGGUCAGGUCACCAAGCUGCAGACCAAAAGAGGAGCUAUGGCCGCGAUUGGUCUUGGCUCAAAUAGCGUACAAGAAUUAUUGCAGCCCGGUGUGACUGUCGCUUGCGAAAAUUCGAACAAAAACGUGACUAUCGCUGGUGACUGCGAAGCAGUUGAGCUUGCUAUUACCAAGAUAAAAGAAGCACAUCCUGACAUCCUAGCCAAAAAGCUUCAGGUCGACAAGGCAUAUCAUUCUCACCAUAUGGCUGAGAUAGGUGAUAAAUAUCAUGCCCUUAUCAACAAUCACUUAUCCAACAAAAGCUCAAAAUGUACACUCAAAAAGUUGUUUUUCAGUAGCGUUGACGGCAAGCUACUCACCCAGGAAUCGAGCCUGGAGUCCAGAUAUUGGCAGAGGAAUCUGGAGUCUCCUGUCCUCUUCCGCUCUGCUAUUUCCUCCAUUAUCCAGCACAGCAUUGCGAAGAAUAUGGUAUUCCUCGAGGUCGGCCCGCAUUCCGCCCUUGCUAGUCCCCUUCGCCAAGUUCAGAGCCACCUAUCCAACACUUCUCCUUAUGCUUCUACACUUGUCCGCAACCAAAACGACGUUGAAUCAUUUUUGACAGCAGUCGGGAAGCUUUUUACUCUAAAUGCCAGCCUUGACCUUGAUCAGGUCAUUACGGAGGGUUCGGUUCUGCCAGAUCUCCCGAGAUACCCCUGGGACCAUUCAAAGAGAUUUUGGCACGAGUCUCGACUAACCAAGCAUUGGCGACACCGACCGGGAGGCCAUAAGCAUCACAGUCUUUUGGGUAUUAGAGUAGCGGAAAGUCUCGAAUUUGAAGUUAUUUUCCGCAAUGUCUUCCAUCUGCAAAACGCGGCAUGGAUUCGUGAUCACAAGAUCGGCGAAGAUAUCAUCUUUCCUUUCGCCGCCUACGUUGGAAUGAUUGGCGAGGCUGUGAGACAAAUCACUGGAGUCGAUGAAGCAUUCAAAAUGCGAAAUGUGGUCGUCAGUACGGCCUUGGUCUUGAAAGAAAGCAGCCAACCAGUCGAAAUAAUGACUGUAAUGCGCCGUCACCGCUUGACAGAUUCCCUCGACAGCGACUGGUGGGAAUUCACAAUCGCUUCUCACAGCGGUACGGUCUCGAUGAAGCAUUGCUUUGGUGAGGCUAAAGCGCAUAGUGGGAAUGUAAACCAGGAAAGCAAUGCCCCUCUAUUGCGCAAAGUUGAUACCCGUCGCUGUUACCGGUCUAUGGCUAGAUCUGGUCUCAAUUUCGGGCCUGCAUUCCAACGCCUCGAGGAUAUUCGAUCAGAUACUUUGACGCAAAAGGCAACGUCGGAGGUAAUCAGCAAGGCAACAGAUGAAGAGGGUUACCACAUUCAUCCGACCAUCAUUGAUGCUUUACUACAGCUACUCAGUGUCGCUGCAUCGAAGGGCUACGCCGAUCCUACCACCAAGAUGAUGGUGCCGACGAACAUCGAAGAAUUGUGUAUUUACAGGUGUCAUGAGGAUGUUCAGGUCCGGGCAUCCGCAUCAUAUACCCCAAACGGUUCUAUUAUUGGUGGUGGACAAUGUGUUUCUAAUGGCAAGCUUGUAUUGGGCGGCGCUGGCAUCAGGCUCUCUGUCCUAGAUGACCAGUCGUCUAAAGACGAUGAAACGACUGCUCGCGCAGAGUGGGGGCCCCAUAUUGACUUUUUGGAUGUGAACACUCUCAUCCUGCCAUCGAUCGAUCGCAGUGCCCACACAGAAGCGCUAACAGAGCUAUGCCAUAUAUGCAUGAUUCAUACAGACCGUGUCAUUGCAGGUCUAGAGACUCCAAUUCGUCACAUGCAAAAAUACCGAUCUUGGAUUGACCAACAUUUGCAGCUUUGCGACUACGACCACUCUAUACUUGACAAUCCUACCAUUGAAGAGCAAGUCAAAUGGAUUGUCAAUGAUUUGUCGCACACGAUAGCUGCUGCUCCUUCCAAGGCCAUUCAGAAAAUAUUCAACAAUAUUGAGAGGAUCUUCACUGGUGAAGUAGAGGCACUGGAUCUACUCCUUUCGGAUGGCACAAUGGACAGCCUAUAUGCCUCGAUCGAUCAGUGUGAUGAGUCGCAGCUUUUUAAACAUUUGGCACACAGCAAGCCCAACCUACGCAUCCUCGAGAUCGGUGCCGGGCUAGGUGGAUCUACUGCCAAUGCCUUGAGGUUCCUGACACCUGGUGGCAGAGCUUUAUACUCGAGUUAUACCUUCACUGACCUUUCUCCUGGCUUCUUUGUUGCUGCGAAAGAUCGCUUCGGUUCAUAUCCUAAUUUGGAAUACGCCACUCUUGAUAUUAGCAAAGACCCCGCGGAGCAGGGCUUUGAUGGGACAUACGAUCUCAUCCUGGCAACCAAUGUGAUUCACGCCACCCCAUUCCUUAAUGAAAGUUUGAAGAAUGUCCGCAAAUUGCUCGCACCCAGUGGCCGACUUUUGCUUCAUGAGCUGGCACCAUCACCAACUUCUAAAUGGGUGAAUUAUAUUUGGGGAACUCUUGCCGGCUGGUGGAAUGGUGAAGCUGAUGACCGGAUGCAUGAGCCAUAUGUGGAUGUCGAUCGCUGGACGAGAGAGCUGAAAGAUGCUGGAUUCCGUGCACCCGAUGCCGUCGUGCUUGAUUCGCCAGAACCAUAUCAGCUGGGUGCCGUCAUUGUGGCCAGACCAACGCUUGAUGAUGGAAAUGUUCCUAAGAAAUGCGUGACACUCUUGAGUCUUUCUGAGUCCAGUCGUGUACGCUCUAUGGUUCGGGCUCUGGAGAACAGAGGAUAUACCGUUGACUGUCGGGGACUAGAGAACACCCCUUUACCUGCUGGCCAAGAUGCAAUUGCUUUUCUUGACGACGAAGCACCAUUUUUUGAAGACAUUGAUCACCAGAAAUUUGAGUCGUUCAAAGCUUUGGUGGAAAACAUGGAAAAAUGGGGUAUUGGUAUUCUCUGGGUGACCGAGCUCUUACAAAUCGAAUGUCGGGAUCCACGAUUUGGCCAGAUCAAUGGCAUCGCGAGAUCUAUUCGCUCCGAGAAAUUGGUUAGCCUUGGUACCUGCGAAGUCGACAAUUUGGAUUGUGAUUCCUCCCGCGAUAAAAUCGUCGAUGUCUUCGAGAGGUUCCAGCUACGCCAAGAGGACCAUUCUCUGAAACCGGAGUUCGAAUACGCCAUUGUCAAAGAUACAGUCCAGGUGGCACGCAUUCAUCCGUUUCUGGUGCAUGAAGAGCUCUCGACCUCUGCUGCAGAGGAUGUUAUUGCUCUACGCACGAGUAAGCCUGGUAGUCUAAGCGCUUUGCAUUGGGCUCGCCAGGAGAUAGAACAAGUACUGGAGGGCGAUGAAGUGGAGAUUAACAUACAUUCCACGGGCUUGAACUUCAGAGAUGUUUUAUGUGCUAUGGGCAUUGUCGAGGCUUCAGAAAUUGGAUUCGGCCUUGAGGCUGCUGGCACUGUUCGGCGUACUGGCCCUCACGUGAAGGACCUAAGAAGCGGCGAUCGUGUAUUUUUGAUGGGAUCUGGUGCAUUCAGCACACAGGUUAUUGUUUCUGAGAAUCUCUGUGAGAAGAUUCCAGGUGGGUUGAGUUUUGAGGAUGCGGCUACAAUGCCUUGCGUCUUCGCUACAUCGAUCUAUUGCAUAUUCAACGUUGGGAAUCUACAAAAGGGACAAUCCAUUCUUAUACAUAGUGCCUGUGGUGGGGUUGGUCUCGCUUCCAUCCAGCUCGCUCAGAUGAUCGGCGCUGAGAUCUAUGUCACUGUCGGGAAUGAGCAGAAGGUGAAAUAUCUUAUGGAAAAUUUCAGCCUACCUCGAAACAGAAUAUUUAACUCCCGCAACACCUCGUUUGCUGAGCAAAUUCUACAGGAGACCAAUGGUGGCGUCGACCUAGCGCUUAAUUCACUGUCCGGCGAGUUGCUACAUGCUACGUGGAAGUGCAUUGCGGACUUUGGGAAAAUGAUCGAGAUUGGCAAGCGAGACCUGAUAGGAUCUGGAAAGCUUGAUAUGAGUCCUUUCAUACAGAAUCGCAGUUAUUGCUGCGUCGACUUAGAUCAGAUCUGCUUACGGAAACCGACUAUCGUGAAACACCUUCUCGGGAGAGUUGGCCAGCUGCUCAGAGAGCGAUACAUUCACCCGAUCCGACCGAUCAAGGUCUUUAAUGCAAAUGCAAUACUCGACGCAUUCCGAUACAUGCAACAGGGUAUCCACCUGGGCAAGAUCGUGGUGUCGAUUCGUGAUUCCGCUGGUCAGGUAGACCUGGAUCUAGAAGGGCACGUAAAAAAGCGCAGAGAGCCCACAAAAUUCGCCAACUCCGGCGCAUAUCUUCUGGUCGGUGGCCUCGGAGGGUUAGGUCGUUCUCUUUCCGUCUGGAUGGCAGAACGUGGUGCUCGUCACUUUAUUUAUCUUUCCCGCAGCGCAGGUACAAGUCAGGAGCACCGAGAGUUUGCCAAAGAGCUGAAAAGUAUGGGGUGCCGCGUCGACUUUGUACAGGGUAGUGUGACCAGCCUUAACGAUGUGACCAAAGCCAUUACGCGAGCUCAAGUCCAAGGCCAACUGAAGGGUAUCUUCCAGAUGUCCAUGGUGAACCGUGAUCAAAACCUGACACGCAUGACCCUAGAAGACUGGAACGAAGCUGUGAAUCCCAAGGUCAAAGGAACGUGGAACCUCCACAAAGCAGCUAUCUCGGCCGGCGCAGAACUUGACUUCUUUGUUCUCUUCAGUUCUCUGUCUGGUAUGUUUGGGCAGCCUGGUCAAAGCAACUAUGCCGGUGCGAAUACCUUCUUAGAUGCGUUCUCACAAUAUCGCCUAAGCUUGGGAUUACCGGCCUGUGCCAUUGGCAUAGGAGCGGUCGAAGAAGUGGGCUGCCUCGCUGUCCGCGAAUCAGUCAUGCAGAGGUUCAAGGCCACUGGUAUCCUGGGCGAUACGAUCUCUGUAUCCGAGCUUUUCGAGGGAAUGGAGCUGGCCAUCAAAUCGACGACCAACAAAUCGUCAAACAAUUUCUGCAUUGGGCUUCGAUCUAGGGUGCCUCUUAAUGAUCCCGAAAACCGUGCCCUCUGGAAGAAAGACAUCCGGACGGCGGUUUUCCACAACAAAGCUGCCAGUGAAAAUUCAGCCACUACCUCCAGUGACGGCCUCAAAUCAUUCAUUGCUGCAGCGAAGAACAAUCCCACUGUGUUGGUUCAACCCGAUUCCGCUCAUCUUCUAGCUCUCGAAAUUGGAAAGAAAGUUUUCAGCUUUUUGCUGAAGUCAGAGGACGAUCUGCAUACGUGGUGCUCAUUGUCUGAACUUGGUAUGGAUUCCCUUGUGGCAAUCGAGGUUAGGCAGUGGUGGAAAAUGACGUUUGAAUUCGAUAUCAGUGUGCUUGAGAUGAUGGGAAUGGGCACUCUGGAUGCCCUCGGGGAGCAUGCUGCCAAGGGUCUGCUGAAAUUGUUUCAUGGUGGCGAGGAACAGGUCAAUUAG